AUGAAUACGCCUUUGGACAGAUGCGCCUGCGUGUUUGCUCGGGAUCAUUUAAUUACGCUGCGCGCCGGGUACCAGGAUCGGAACCACAGCCGCCGGCAGACGAGUACCGAACCCGCUUGUGACCCUGUCUUCGUUGCCGAGCUGUUGCCGCCUGUGCCGGAUGCCUACGUAGUUAGUUGGUCGCUGGUUCUCAAGCCCUUAUCAGUAAGAGCCUUUUCUGACCUGUGCCACGAGAGGCCCAUCGAAACCCGCGUUCCUGUCCGCUCUCUUGUCAGCACCUUGAGUUGGGUCGAGUUCGUCAACAGUUGGAGCGAACCUGCAAUAACAAUCAUGCGGCUGUUCAGCUUCAGCAUCGGGGCAGCCCCUGCUGUCACGAGCGCUUUCCUGAGCAUCGAGAUCGUAGACGCCCAGGCUCCUGACUGUGCCUCCUCUUGGGGCACGGGCUUCGCGCUAGAUGUUGCCUCCGUGGACAUACCACCGACAACCACGAACCCGCCUUAUGAAGUAUCCACCGCACCAGAUCUCGCCGACAGUGACUCUGGCAACUCAACGGAGCCGGUCGCUGACUUGGUGCGGCGUGCUGACAAGAAGAGGGACUUCUUCCUCCAGGUGAUGCCCCUUGGCGCUUCCAUCACCCGGGGUUUGAGGUUAGCAGAUGGCACGGGCUACCGAGAAUGGAUCCGGUGGCAGCUUCGCUCAACGAGGUGGAAAGCCAACAUGGUCGGCUCGGAGCAAGAUAGAGUCAUGGUAGACCGUGUAGGAGAGCGAGGGCCAUCCGGGUUGGCUCAUGGACGAGGUCUUCGAAAACGGCUAGAGGGCAUCAAAGUGGAUGAAGCCAAACCUGGCGCUAGUGAAUAUUGGAAUCCCCUUUUCCUUGAUAGAAACGAGUGCCGAAAGGACAACCCCGACGGCGCCGGCCAGAGAAUCAAGCUCAUGAUUGACGAUAUCUUUGCCAGCGUGGAGAGUGUCACUGUCAAUACCCCGGACCACCUCUCUCGUUGCUCCUGGAAGGGAGGUGGGGGCGACAGCUACUACUGGCAGAACUUCACAACGCCAAAGGGCCUCUGCGGUCCUGUAUUUAAUCACGAGAUUGGCGACAAAAAGCUCCGUCAUUUUGAAAGCUCUAGUAGUAUCACACAUGCGAGAGUGUCAGACACAGGCAUCCGUGACCGCAUCAAGUUUGAGCGAAUCUACGGUUCCGGCCGGCUCGACUACAUCUACAUCAAAGAAAAGGGUUGGGGCGUUUCUAUCUUUGACCGCGACAUGCGGCUCGCAGACACCGACGGGGACAAGCGUGCCGACGUGCUCUGCCUCGAGAAGAACGGGAAUACCACGGCGUGGCUCAACCCCUCUGGCGGCCUGAUGGUCAACGUCGGCCGGGUCAAGUAUCCCGAGGGCUGGGAUCUGGUCAACAUGCGCUUCGCCGACGUCGAGGCUUCAGGCAAAGCCGACCUCAUCUACCUUGACAAAUACACGGGCGCGGGCGGCCGUCUUCGAGGACAACGGCCAAGCCUCAGCCGGCAAGAGCUCGUUCUCUUAGACCAACUGCGGGUUCGAUACAGCUCGAUCGGUCGAGGAGAAAACAUGUAUUUCACCAACCAACGCGGGCUCGGGCGCGCCGACCUUGUGCAUGUUCUACCAGUAACCAAUAGGAGGCAGUGGCAGAGGGAGUGGCGGAGGGAGUGGCGGAGGCAGUGGCAGAAGGAGUGGCGGAAGGAGCGGCAGAGACGAUAG